UUUUCAUGUGUGACCUGUGGAAAAAGUUUUAGUCAAAAACAGCAUUUAACUGGACACAUGAGAACUCAUACAGGUGAAAAGCCGUUUUCAUGUGUGACCUGUGGAAAAAGUUUUAGUCGAAAACAGCAUUUAACUGGACACAUGAGAACUCAUACAGGUGAAAAGCCGUUUUCAUGUGUGAAUUGUGGAAAAUGUUUUGGUUAUAAACUGGCUUUAACUCAGCACAUGAUGAUUCACACUGGUGAAAAGCCGUUUUCAUGUGUGAACUGUGGAAAAAGUUUUGGUUAUAAACUGGCUUUAACUCAGCACAUGAUGAUUCACACUGGUGAAAAGCCGUUUUCAUGUGUGACCUGUGGAAAAACUUUUAGUCAAAAAACGCAUUUAACCAAGCAUAUGAUGAUUCACACUGGUGAAAAGUCUUUUUCAUGUGUGAACUGUGGAAAAAGCUUUAGUCAAAAAACGCAUUUAACUAAGCACAUGAUGAUUCACACUGGUGAAAAGCCGUUUUCAUGUGUGAACUGUGGAAAAAGUUUUAGUGAAAAACAGCAUUUAACUCGGCACAUGAUGAUUCACACUGGUGAAAAGCCGUUUUCAUGUGUGACCUGUGGAAAAAGUUUUAGUCGAAAACAGCAUUUAACUCGGCACAUGAUGAUUCACACUGGUGAAAAGCCGUUUUCAUGUGUGAACUGUGGAAAAAGUUUUUGUCAAAAACCGGGUUUAACUCAGCACAUGAUGAUUCACACUGGUGAAAAGCCGUUUUCAUGUGUGACCUGUGGAAAAACUUUUAUUCGAAAACCGGAUUUAACUCAGCACAUGAUAAUUCACACUGGUGAAAAGCCGUUUUCAUGUGUGAACUGUGGAAAAAGUUUUUGUCAAAAACCGGGUUUAACUCAGCACAUGAGGAUUCACACUGGUGAAAAGCCGUUUUCAUGUGUGACCUGUGGAAAAACUUUUAUUCGAAAACCGGAUUUAACUCAGCACAUGAUAAUUCACACUGGUGAAAAGCCGUUUUCAUGUGUGACCUGUUUCAAAAGUUUUAGUAAUAAACAUAAUUUAACUAAGCACAUGACGCGUCACACAGUUGAAAAGCUGUAGAAGUUUGUUCCAUAAAUGUCCUGUGUUGUAUUUGUUAAAUGUGAUCAUUUUGAUCUUCACAUUUGGAUACUUAGAGAUGUUCAACCAUGACACAUUUUCCUUCAUUGAUGUUUUAUUUUUCUGGUAUAUUCUGUAUCAA